UUACUCAUCAUUCAUGUGAGGUGAGCAUGGUGAUCAGUGUACUUCGGUAGUACUCUAGUUGUCUAGCAUACCGAACCAGGACACACCAUCGGUUCGAUCACUAGCUAGUGAUCUAUGACGGGGAAUGCCAUGGUGGCGGAAGCCACGGCACGGCAGGCGGUGUCGUUCGUCCUUGGCGCCGCGGCCGCGCUCACCGUUAUCAUGCUCGUCCAGUACCGGGCGCCUGCUGCGGGGCUCAUCCGCGCUAGGUUGCCGGGGAACUUCUCAGGCUCGAGAUCAUUAGACCACCACCGCCUCAACGGCACAGCAGCACGUACAGUUAAUCAGGCGCCGACUGUAGGUGCAGAAGAUCAUCAUGUUCAUCAGGCUAAUGCCACCUUGAAGGCCAAUUCAACUCCUACUGAUCAUCCCGCCGCUCUAAGUCAUUUUCCACGCACAGAUCGCAAAGAAGAGGAGCCGGAGGAGUUCCGAGGGCUGGCGGCCGCGGUGGCGCUGGCGGCGAUGGACGACCGGAACGUGAUCAUCACGUGCGUGAACCAGGCCUGGGCGGCGCCGGGCUCCCUCCUGGACCUCUUCCUGGAGAGCUUCCGCAUCGGCGACGGCACGGCCCGGCUCCUCCCGCACGUGCUCGUCGUCUCCAUGGACCCGGCAGCCCACGCCCGGUGCCAGGCCGUGCACCGCCACUGCUACCACUACACCAUGCCGGGCGUCCACAUGAACUUCACCUCGGCCAAGUUCUUCGGCUCCAAGGAGUGGCUGGAGAUGGUGUGGAGCAAGCUGAGGCUCCAGCGCCGGGUGCUCGAGCUCGGCUACGGGUUCCUCUUCACCGACGUCGACAUCCUAUGGUUCCGCGACCCGUUGAAGCACGUGACCGCCUACGCCGACAUGACCGUAUCCUCCGACGUCUACUUCGGCGACCCCGACAACCUCGGCAACUUCCCCAACACCGGGUUGUUCCACGUGAAACCCAAUGUUCGCACCAUCGCCAUGACUAGACUAUGGCACGAGUCCAGGGGGAAGUACCCGGGGGCGCCGAACGAGCAGCCGGUGUUCAACAUGAUCAAGAAACGGCUGGUGGCAGAGCUCGGGGUCCGGCUGCGGUACCUGGACCCCGCGUACGUGGGCGGCUUCUGUAGCUACGGGAAGGAUCUGGGGAAGAUUGUGACCAUGCACGCCAAUUGUUGCGUUGGGUUGAAGAACAAAAUGAGGGACCUGAGGGCUGUUCUGGAUGACUGGAAGAACUAUACGAAGAUGCCGCACUGGGAGAAGCAUAAGGCCAAAUGGACCGUGCCGGGGGCCUGCAUCAAGUGACGAUUGUCCUCGCAUGCAGGCUGGCCAGUUUAAGCUUAGAAGAUUGAGUUUUAGAGAGGGAGCAGCAUCGAUCCACCAUUAAGUUAAGUUAUACUCAUAUAGUAUUCUUCAUCGAAAAAAAGAAGUAAUAAUCAUAUUGCUGUACAUGUGCCCUUCCCUGUAAUUAUCGAUGAAUUAUGCACACUCCAGAACAUAGUAAGUUAUGUUAGAGCCUUAACGCCAACAUAAAUUUGAAACAGAUGUAAGUGUUCUUCUCA